UGGAAUGAUAAAACAUAUCAACAGAAAUACCAAACACUGAUUGAUGAAGCAAACUUAGAAAGUUGUAUAAACUCUAUUGAUAAGUCAGGAAUGCCCACAGAUGCCAUUAGCGGUGGACUUGUAUAUCUUGAGGUAGAUCCAACAUUUACAAAUGUAGUGUAUCGUUUUGCUUCUCCGAGGGUAUCUGAUAAAAUUAUUCAGGAAUAUGAAACUAAAACUAGGAAUAAUGUUCGCGAUUUAAUCACAAGUAGUCAUGAAUUUCCAAAGAUUGCUGGAUUUUGGGGAAACCUAUUUGAAGAUUUUGCCCAUUUAGAGUUGAAAAGGGGUGGUACAUUUUGGAUACGGUGCCUGAAUAAUGAUAACUCAGAGAUCACUGAAAAAUGUAUUGAGAAUCUGGAGUGUAAUUGGUUCAUGAUGCUGAAUGAAGCACAUAAAGAAUAUUAUAACAGACCAAAAUCAAAGAUGUUUGCAUCAAUUGAUUCUUUUAGCCUCGAUAACAAUGCCUUGGCCUUGUACCAAAUUACUAUCUCAACGAAUCACGGCAUAAAGAUAAAAGGACUUAAUGACCUUAACCAUUUCCUCUCAUGGAAAAAUGAUGUGAAUGAAAUUAAUCUAUACUUUGUCGUGCCAUCAGACAUCUUUGAAAAAUUUCCCCCUCAAAAAUACAAGACAGCCAAAGACCAAAAUUGUCAGAAAAUUCCGAAAUGGAUUAAUAAUAUAACCCAAUAUGCACUAGAGAUCAAUGUGGGUUCAGGACAGUACAAUUUGAAACGAUCUAGUGAUGCGAUGUUGGGAGACAAUGAAAAUAAUAUAGUUAUAUUACUUUUUAUAUCACAUUUUAAGUCGUGGGUUGAGCCUUAUGAUAAUUCAAAAUUUAUUCUUUAUGGGUUGAACACAAAAAUAAUGAAAAUUUCCAAGACUGCUGGUCAAUCCAGUUCAG